AUGUCUUCAUCAGAGCAAAACCCCACGCUCAUUGGUGGCCACGCCCAGUACGUGAAAGGAGCAGCAGAGGUAAGCGUCGUUGGCAGUGUAACGGGUGCCGAGUCCUGGCAAAAGUCCGCGGAAAGUGACAAGCAGGCCGGCAUCGACGCGAUGAAACAAGCGAGCGCAAACCGUGACCCGCAAAAGGAUGGUUACGGCAAGGUGGAAGAGAUGGCCGGGAAGGUGACGGGUUGUGAAGGUAUGGAGAAGGAGGGUGCCCAGAGCACGAGGCAGUAA